UUCAACCUCUAAAGGAUAUCAUUGUAAAUUCAAGACUAAAGAGACCGGACACCAUAAGAUCAAAAAAGUACUAGGUCACAUGAUGUUCAUAUAUGUCUCCUUGGUGAGGAAGCUGUUCAAAGCUCUACAAAUUAAAAAUCAAGACAUGUUUAUUUGACAUUCAAAAACCCUUCCUCUUUCUCUCUUUCUCUCUCCCUUAAAAAAAACCAUAAUCAACAAUUAUUGUUUCCUGCUUCCUCAACAGCUUCAAACUUGGUAGUCCAAUUGGUUCAUGGAUAUUGAUCUCCUGAGGAACAUUGGGAGGGGGUUUUUAUUCAUCUUAAACUCUUCAUUUUCAUGGCAAAAUCUUCUUCCCAAAUAGCCCUUUUACUUCUUGCAAUGUUCUUGAUUGCGAAUUCGCUGUGUUCGGGCGAUUGUCGUGAUUUUUCAGGGAUGUUUGUGGCGUCUACAGUUUCUGUUUCAGGAGGAGGAAGAUCCCUUUUGGAGGUUAAUGAUCCUACAAACCAGAAAUCCACCAUGAGAGUUCCUCAUGAUGACCACGAAAAAAGCCAUCAAGAUCUCCCUACAGGGAGUAGUACUUCUGCUAGAGAUGAUGAAAAUGAAGAUGUUGCUAGUGAAGAUAGACAAUUUGGUAUGGCUGCUCAUGAAGUUCCAAGUGGACCAAAUCCUGAAUCCAACUGAAAAAUGCGUAUUUACACUUCAUCACUAUAUAUAUGCGAUCUAGUGAUGUGAAAAUCAAUGAAAGUUUCUCUCUUCUUCCGUGGAUUCUGGUGAAGAAAAUGCUCCCUUUUAAAUAUGUUAUUUUUUUCACAAAUUUAGUUGCGCAGCUUCAUUAUCAUCGUUUAGCUAGCUACUUGUUGAUUUUCAGGUGUGAAUAAAUAAUUAUUCUAUUGUUAAUUUUGUUUGGUUUUUUCCAUUAGUGUAGGUAUAGCUACUGUUGAAUUUGAGACAUUUUUCAUUGGUUAUGGUAUCUGCUCCUAUAUUUAAUUAUGUCAGGUUCCAAAGUAGAAAUUAAAAUUGCUUUUUGG